ACACUUCGGAAUAGCAUCUACAGACAAGUCUAACCCUAAUCAUAUCAAUGAAGUGCCCCAAUUUGACCAGUAAAGUUGCGACCAACAGAUAACAUGUAAUCAAUAAAGCCACGGGGUCGAGGGUUCAAUUCCCUGGACGAGGAUUCUCAUUUCACAGGAAAAUGGCGAGCGAACAGAAAGUGAUCGAGCACAUCGUGUUAUUCAAGGUAAAUGAAGGCGCCUCACAGGAGGAAAUAGACGCGUGGCUGUCUGCCCUAAAUGCGCUCGAUUCGCUGGAGUGCGUAGAAUUCCUGCGUGCAAGUCCUGCCGUGGCCACAAAUUCGUCCAACAAAUUCACGCACGCACUGUACGGGCGCUACAGAAGUCGCGAGGCCUUAGCUCAAUACUCCGUCCAUCCCCGCCACGUGGCCGUUGUUAAGGGCAACCGUGUCGUUGAAGAUUUACUCGCUCUGGACUGGGAGGCACCUGAAGAUCGGUCCUGGUUCGAAUCCUGCUGCGCUCUUCGCAUCGAGCUUCUCAAACCCCAGCCCGCUUUGGAGCAAGCUGAGCGCACAGAGGUUUCCGAGGUACUGAGCCGCUACAAGAAUUUAUUCCCUAGGGUUUUGUCGGCUAGUUUUGGGGAAAAUAUUUCUCCCGGUCGAGCUAAGGGUUUCGGCUGGGGUUUUCUGUGUGCGUUCGGGGCUUUCGAGGAUCUGCAGGAGUUCAAUAACAAUGAGGAGCAUGUGAGACUUCAUGAGGGCAAGGUUAUUCCCAAGGUACAAGAAACCCUAAUUAUGGAAUGCCGUCUUGAGAUUCCCUGAAGUUUCAGAUAAUUAGUACAUGUUCUCAGGUAGUUUUUAGUAUUAAUAGUAGAGAGAAUUGAUUAACUGGUUCUUAUUAUUAUUUAUCUAAUAUAAAAUACUUUUCUAAAAAGAAAAUGAAUAGUUUUUUUUAAGUAGGUAUGAGUUUUGCUUCUGACUGCACUCAACAAUUCAUAGGGGAAGGAAUAGUCAAUCUUUUUGAAGAUGGAGUGUAUCAUCUGAAACUUAAAUCAAAAAAUAUACAUAGUUUUAUUUAAGUA